AUGGCGCCCUCGUUCUCGGAUGCCUGGAAAACUGCGAUCGAAGCUGAGAAGGAGCUCCUACAAUGCUUCUCCCAAGAACGACGCACAUUCGAUGAAUUCGAACACUUCCUAUCCGAGUUCCGAAUUUCCUGCCAAAACGCUAUCCUCUUUGAUUUCGAUGCCGCCCGGGAAGCUGACGUGGAGAGUCGUCUAUGGGAUGCGCAUUUGAAAGUGAACAACCGGUUUCGCAAGCAGCUUCUUCGCUUUCGCGAAGAACACGGCAAGAAGAAACCAGUGGAGAGACGAAAACUCGAACGACACUACCUUGAUUUUAUUAAGUCGAGCCAGCGGUUUUACCGCGGAUAUAUCCAACAUUUGUCGUCACGCUUUGGGGGGAUCGUGGAAUUGGAGAGAGUGGCGCGCAAGUUCAAUUUCGAGAAUCUGUCCGGCCAACCUCCUAUCAAGCCUUCCAACGAGCUACGCAAGCGCAUCCUCCAGUCAUGCCACGCAACACUCAUCAGACUCGGAGACCUUUCCCGUUAUCGCGAAUCGGAACUCGUCAGCAAGGACCGAAAUUGGGGCCCUGCCAUCGGCUAUUACGACCUGGCCUCGGUGAUUAACUCUGCAUCAGGAGCAUCCCAGAACCAAUUGGCUAUUAUUGCACUUGCAGAUGGCAACCAUCUUCGAGCGACAUAUCAUCUCUACAGAGCUCUCUCGGCUCAAGAACCUCACCCUACGGCAAAGGGUAAUUUGGAGAUCGAGCUUCGAAAAAUCAUGAGCGCAUGGGCAAAAAGAGAGUUGAUACGUCCCGAAGAUGCUGGUAUCCCCGGUAGAGCUUUGACGCCAUGGUUUCUUUACCUUCAUGCCAAAUGUUACAAGGGCACUGAUUUUGCAGAGCAUGAUGAACUGGAAAGUGAAGUCCUAAGCCAACUUGCAGUUGAGAUUAGGGAACGGUCGCUUGAAGGUACUCUUCAAAAGUUCUGUCUCAUUAACAUUGCAGCUGAAGAUUUUGCGAGGGCCCGCUCUUUUGAGGAAUCCGUCUCAGAUGCCCGCGUCUUUUUCCAACGAAUCAAUGUCAAGACCUUCUUCACCUUGCUGCAAAUCCUCCUGGUGGAAUUGGAACGCACCGCUUCAUUUGAGGAUUCAAUCGGCAAAGACACAUUGCCUAGCCCUGACAAGGUGACAGUAGUUGCUCGCCGGAUCUUGCCUGCGCUUCGACAUUACAGCUCGUGGCUACUUACCAACAGCCAGUCUCUAGCCGAGCAGACGGAAGAAAAAGAUUCCGCACUAGCAAUCCAGAUCAAAGAGUUCUGGAAAAUUUAUGCUGGCACAUUGAGCUUACUCGCAUCCUCAUUCGAUGUUGCGAGCCUUCCCGAAAUCGACUAUCUUUUGGAAGAAGACGAAGAGAGCCUUGGAUUUGCGCCUCUAGAUCAAAAUGCUACCUCUAGGCGUUAUGUUGGAGGCGGUGAUCAGGCAAAGCCCCGGAUGCAUGACCUUGGGGUGGAAAGAAGCCAUCCCAAUAUGGAAAUGCUCUACCGGAUUCGUGAGUUCGUCAUUGAUGGACUUGAUCUGGUUGUGAGCAACCGAAUCCCCGUGGCUCUUGUGGACAGCGAAGACAAGAAAACAUUUAUCUACCAAGAAGAGGAUCUGCCGUCACAAUUCUACUCCAGUCCUCAUGGUAGGCAACAUGCGGUUUCGUCCGCAUCCAUUGAGCGUGAGGAUAUCUCCCAGGCAACUCAAGAUUCACAAUCUGUGGCCGAGGCUCAAAGCUUGUUCGGUGGCUCUCAGUCUGCAUCAGCAUCCAUGUCCGCCAACAUGAACCGGAUUGUUGAAGGCGUAGAGCGACUUGUCGACUCGGACACAUAUGAGAAUGCGCCCGAUGUUUCUGACCAAUACGCUUUCCUCGGUCCGGUUAGAGAAAUGCUGACUCCAACACAUUUGUCCCCGAAUACCAGUUCCUAUCCAUUUGGGGAAGAGAACUCACCAUCGCUUGGUACCCCCAUCGCUCCUCCACCUGGGCUUGGACCUCCAGUCGUCAAUGCGGCAGAUUCUCUUCGGGCAUCAUCGGCUCAGUCAUAUACUCCCAGACCUGCCAUUCCCAGCCUUCCAAGUAUUUGGACUCCACUGAGAGAUCCUGCCCCUCCACGUGCUCCUCCUGGCCUUGGCCCGCAAGUCGGUCAACAAGCUCCCCUGCAUCCAAUGGCAGUCACAAACUCUAUGAGCCCCGAGAGAUCUAUAUCACAUGAACAGCUUGCGCAUGAGCUAAUGCUGCGACACAAUCUCGCACAGUCUCAAUACUCAAACUCGCUGGAUGUAGGAUCAAUGCCCACUCCAUGGGUAACACCCAGCAUGUCCAACCCGCAGCCGCGGCCUGCAGCAAACGGCUGGGACCGAGAGCCUCACGGCAGAUCGACCUUUGGAGCAUUCGAAAUUCCAAGCCAGACACACCCGAGCAGCCUAGGACAUCCCUCAUGGGCCAACGAAGCCUUCAUUGCCAGUAGCCUCGCUCACACAGCACCCUACAGCUCCGGAAUCGGACGCAAGUCUUCUCAGCUGGGAGCAAUCGGUCAAACCCCACCGUGCGGCCAAGGAGGCUGA